AAAAACUGUUCAGUAUUGUAGGGUCUGAAAAGCAGGGUUGAUAUUGUGAUGAACAGACAAAGGUUUAUUCUGUUUAAAAAUAUAUAUAUUUCAACAAGUAUUGUAUGUUUAUGAGAACUGAUGACAUAGCUACUGCUUUGUUGAAGACAUGGCUGAGAAAUUUGAUAACCUCGAGGAACAUCUAGAAAAGUUCGUUGAAAAUAUUCGACAGAUGGGAAUCAUUGUUAGCGACUUCCAACCUAGCAGUCAAACUGGACUAAAUCAAAAACUAAACUUUAUGAUCACGGGACUCCAGGACAUUGAGAAAUGUCGCCAGCAGCUACAUGAGAUCAACGUACCACUUGAGGCUUUCGAGUACAUAGACCAGGGUCGCAACCCCCAGCUCUACACUAAGGAGUGUCUGGAAAGAGCCCUGGCCAAGAACGAGCAGGUCAAAGGCAAGAUCGACACUAUGACGAAGUUCAAGAGCUUGCUGAUAUCUGAGCUGGGCAAGGCGUUUCCAGAGGAGAUGGCUAAAUACAAAGCUAUCCAUGGAGAUGACCCCCCCUCUUAGUAACCCCAGACCUUUAACCCUGUGAACCCUAACCCCCACCACUAACUCGCUGCACAACGCCACAGUGGGCUUUCACAGAGCAGGAUCAAUGAGUCAAACAUAUGGCAUGGUAUCUCACAGUAUUAAUAUGGAAGUGGGCUGUUGACAUGGAAUAAUGAGAGCUGUAGAGGUAAUUAGAGGACCAACUCUUUGUUUUCUGACAUGGCAAGUGUUGGGGGAAAGAUGCUCUAUGGAAAGAUCCAUGUUUUUUGGACAAAACAAAAGCAAGCUAGUGCAGAAAAUUAUUAUUGUCUUUUUCAAUUAUGUUUUUUGUUUGUACUGGAAUUAUUUUAUAGCUGUUCUCCUGCUCUGUGAAAUUGCUCUUACAAGAUGUAUAUAGCAUUUAUACUCUCACAAACCCUUUUGUAAAAACAAAAAUGUCAUUGUACACUUCAGACCUGGACUGGGACUCAGUUUAAUAUAAGCUCAGGUAUCUAAAAAGUAUCUUGUACAUAAGCAAGAAACUAGUCUGAAGUUUUCUUUUUUUUUCUUUUUUUACUUUGCAAAUAAAUUAGCUUGUGAUUGAAA